AUGCGCCUUGAUCCCAACGGCGACGCCUCAACUUUCCCCAAGCGCGCUGCACUUCCACACGUCGCGGGGACACCCCACGGCUCAGCAUGGUUCUGGGGUGGUUGUGACGAGCUCGGUCGGCUCAACCUUCUCACUCCGGAGCGCACGCGAAAGGCAACCCAGGAAAACGUCAAAACAGGCCAGGUCGUCGCGCUCAACCUUCCACUGGACACGCCUCAUCCACCCUUCUUCCACCGGAAACCGCUGGAGCACGACAUACAUUCCAUUGGCCCCGGAACCUUUGACGACACCUACUGCCUCAAUACGCAAUCGAGCAGUCAAUGGGAUGGCUUCCGGCACUUUGCAGACCCGAAGUCGGGGUACUUCUACAACGGCGUUGUUUCGUCCGAAAUCUCGGGAGACGAUGACGAAGACGUCGAGGCGACGCGGAAACUGGGCAUUGAUGCGUGGGCGAAGCAUGGGAUUGUUGGCAGAGGAGUACUUCUCGACGUUUUCAGCUGGGCGGAAAAGGAGGGGCAGGCUUACGAUCCGUUUGCGACCCAUCACAUCACAGUAUCUGACCUGCGAGCGUGUGCGAAAGCACAAGGCAUCACUUUCCAAACCGGCGACAUCCUCCUCGUGCGUACAGGCUGGGUGCAUUCAUACCUCUCGCUCAGCCAAUCCGAAAAGGAAGAACGGGGAAAGUGGGACAUGAUGAAGCACGAAUACGCCGGCCUCGAGGCAUCAGAGGAGAUGAAAGACUUUCUUCACGACACCUACUUCGCAGCUGCAGCGACCGACAACGCGAACUUCGAGGCGUGGCCGCCACCUAGCUUUGAGGACAGCCUGCACGCGUCCAUGCUGCCGCUUUGGGGGAUGCCUAUUGGGGAACUCUGGGAUCUCGAGGCGCUGAGCGCAAAGUGCAAAGUGUUGGGGAGGUGGACAUUCUUGCUGACAAGUGCGCCGGGGAACGUGCCAGGUGGUGUGGGAAGCCCGCCGAACGCAUUGGCGAUGUUUUAG